CGCCUUCACACGUAGCUUCUAGUUUCAUACUUCCUUUGUCCCCAAAAGGGUAGGAUAGAACAUAGUUGUUCCAACAAAAGAAGGAAGAAAGACUUAGUUGUACAUCUGUACAGUAUAUAGUUGGAAAAUCCCUUCUUCUUAGUGUGUAUUAUGUGUAGUCAAGUUUAGUUCUUGUAGUACUUUGUGGGCUAUUUGUAUUUCCUUUCUUAUUGGCAGUACGACAGACUUUUAAUGAGUUUGCUGUUGCCGUGUGCAAGACUUCUCUUUGUUAAGUCAUUGCAGAGCCCUGAGGGUAACUCUGACGUUUAAACAGGUCCAAGAUUGAAUUUUUUGGGUAAUUUCCAAAAUCAGGAAGGAUUUCCAGUUCUGGGAUCUGGGCGAGCAAAAGUGAGUGGUGCUAUAAACCAUUUGAUGGUCAUGAAGUGCUUCCAAUUCCACAUUGGAGAGAAAAGGGAAGAAGCAAAGACACCAAGGCCAACUUCGGUGCAGUCCUCAUUUACUGAUCAUGAAAUAAGGCAAUCUGGAUCCGAAUUUAAUUCUCAGAAUGCAUCAGAAGAAAGCACCGAGUCCAGAGGUCGUAGCCAAUUCCCAAGUUUGUCAGAGAGACCCAGUAAUCUCAAGGUCUUCACUUUUCCGGAGCUGAAACAAGCAACAAAAAAUUUCAGCCGCACUACCAAACUUGGGGAAGGGGGAUUCGGAUGUGUUUUUAAGGGCAUUGUGAAGAUCUCUGAGGAUCCAGCUCAGAAAAUUGAUGUAGCUGUAAAACAACUUGGUAGAAGAGGACUGCAGGGUCACAAAGAAUGGGUUACAGAAGUUAAUGUUCUUGGUGUUGUUGAACAUCCAAAUCUCGUGAAACUCGUUGGCUACUGUGCUGAGGAUGAUGAAAGAGGAAUCCAACGACUUCUGAUAUAUGAAUACAUGCCCAAUGGAAGCGUGGAAGAACAUUUGUCAGCUAAGUCAGUCACACCUCUUCCGUGGGCUAUGAGGCUGAGGAUUGCCCUCGAUGCUGCACGUGGCUUAGCAUACCUGCAUGAGGAAAUGGAUUUUCAGAUCAUCUUCAGGGAUUUCAAAUCUUCUAACAUUCUCCUAGAUGAGCAAUGGAAUGCUAAACUAUCAGACUUUGGAUUGGCUCGACUGGGACCUCCAGAGGGACUAACCCAUGUAUCGACUGCGGUUGUCGGGACCAUGGGUUAUGCAGCUCCCGAAUACAUUCAAACUGGUCGUCUCACAUCAAAGAGCGAUGUAUGGAGCUAUGGCGUCUUCCUCUACGAGCUCAUUACUGGCAGACGGCCAUUGGAUCGGAACCGCCCCAGAAGUGAGCAGAAGCUCUUAGAAUGGGUAAAACCAUACCUAUCAGAUGCCAAGAAGUUUCAGCAGAUAUUGGAUCCAAGGCUUGAAGGGAAGCAAAUACUUAAAUCAGCUCACAAACUCUCGCUUGUAGCUAAUCGCUGCUUGGCCAGACUCCAGAAAACACGGCCAAAGAUGAGCGAAGUUCUGGAAAUGAUUAACCAAGUUGUAGAGGGAACAAACGGUACAGGCAAUCCCCAACCACCUUUGAUGAGUAAAGAGCAAAAAAAAAAGUUUGAGGAACCUGAAGCUAAAGGUAAAAGAAGGAUCGCAGACAUGAAAAUCGGGGACGGUGGCUGGCUGGUCCGUGUGUGGUCAUCAAAGCUCGUGAAGACAUGCUGACCCCAAAUGUUCAGGAGUAUAGUAGGAUUGACACGUUCUUUUGAGUACAUGAAGAAGAGUUUUUAGUAGUGUAAGACGCUAGUAACUUGUUGAAAUUCAUCGAUGGCCAACACAAUGGACUUGCUCGACUUUCGUUGGCUUGUGCUGUCACUGGUGUAACUUUCUGCUGCAAACGGACAUUUAGAUCGAGCAUUGACUUGAGAUGCUAUUCGGCUCCCUGCUCGAGGGACUUCUUUAGUCUCUAUAAACACCAAAAGUUCUGGGUGGAAAUGAUUCAGGGUAGGUAUAUGAGUUGGAAAUUUGCUUGUAUUGUCUUUGUUAGGACAUAUGAUGUGCACCUGAGCAAGUGUUUGUUGUGCUUGGGACAAAUUGCUGUCCGGAAAUAAAUCUGUAUAUUUUCUCGAGUGAGAAAAAUUCACAUUAUUGUUGUUGAAUCAACCGCGGAAAGUGCAACUUGGAGUGCUUAUUGGCGCGUGUAGGAUCAGGAUCAAAACCCUCCGACUUAGGAAGGGAAGAAUCCCAAAGACUGAUAGGUGCCUUUAUUUGGUGAACAUGUGUAAUUAGAGUUCAAGCAUUGAUGUAUUAAUUGUAAAAGUUGUUUCUUUUAUAAGUAUAAAAUAUUUAAACAGUGUGAA